CAAUCGCCUCGCGUGUUGUUGGCCGGUGCGCCAGUUCGCCGGUCCGUCUGCCGCUACAGGCUGAAAAAGCAGAAGUGACUGGCGGAGGAGGUAGCGUCGGCGGCUCUGCGGUGCCAUGGAGCCCGGCUGGGAUCACGUCGAGGCGGGAGGGGAGGCGGAAGGUCACCGCGAAGUGUUCUACCUGCCCGUACCGGGCGAGGCGACGAGCAAGCGGGAGCAGGAGAAGCUGUCGGGGGUCGUGAAGAGCGUCCACCGAAAACUGCGCAGGAAGUACCGAGAAGUGGGUGACUUCGACAAGAUCUGGCGCGAGCACGUGGAGGACGAGCAGAUGCUGUGUGAGUACGCCCUCGCCAUGAAGAACCUGGCCGACAACCACUGGUCGCUCAACUGCGAGGGAGAGGGCCGCAUCGAGUGGUGCCGCAGUGUCUGUCAGGAGUAUUUCUGGGAUGGAGGGAUGAAGCGGAUGCUGGAGAAGGAUGAAAAAAGUGCCACCUACUCUGCAGGACCAGCAGAGUCCUCUCCUGGGGUGCGGCCACAUGGUUCCGUCUUCAGUGCCCAGGGCAGGAAGAUGCGCCUGCUGGACGUGGGAAGCUGCUUCAACCCGUUUCUGAAGUUCGACGAGUUCCUCACCGUGGGGAUCGACAUAGUGCCUGCAGUGGAGACGGUGUACAAGUGCGACUUCCUGAACCUCCAGCUCCAGCGGCCGCUGCAGCUGGCGGGCGACGCGGUGGAGGCCUUCCUGCGGCAGCUGCACAACCCCAUCGACGCCCUGCCCGGCCAGCUCUUCCACGUGGUGGUCUUCUCCCUGCUCCUCUCCUACUUCCCCUCCCCGUACCAGCGCUGGAUCUGCUGCAAGAAGGCCCACGAGCUGCUGCAGCUGCACGGCCUGCUGCUCAUCAUCACGCCCGACUCCUCCCACCAGAACCGCCACGCCCUCAUGAUGCGCAGCUGGCGCGUGGCGGUGGAGUCGCUGGGCUUCAAGCGCUACAAGUACGUCAAGUACUCCCACAUGCACCUGCUGGCCUUCAGGAAGGUCUCCCUCACCACCACCAGCGACCUGGUCUCCCGGAACUACCCGGAGAUGCUCUACAUCCCUCAGGACUUCAACUCCAACGAAGAGGAGGACUUGACCGAGGCGGAGUCGCAGCCGCGCUCCGAGUUCGAGGACGAGCAGAUGGCGUGGGGCUUCACCGAGCUCCCCGACGCCCCGUACGACUCGGAUUCUGGAGAGAGCCAGAGCGGCUCGCUGCCCUGCUUUCAGGAGCUGGAGGACCCGAUCCUGCUCCAGAGCUAGACCCCACCCCAACCCCAGCCCCGCGCUCCUGCUGCCAAACCUGACCUGCUGCCUCACCUCUCCCUCUCCUCGUCGCGGUUUGCACAGUAGAAGAUAUUCUCAUGUCCUUCACGCCCAGAUGGAAGUAUAUUUUGAUGAGCGGCUGGAUUUCGGAAGCGACGUCGCUGCUUGGUUGCCAUCUUCCUAUCAGCUUUUGUAGACGCUGGAGUUUGAAUAAGCUAACGUGAAGCGGCGGGAGCUCCUCCGCCAACAAACAUCUUCCUCCCAAUCUUUUCGAACAACGUGGUAUUUGUAGCAUUUUAAACAAGUAUUACUAGACUCGUGCCGUGUUGACAUGUUGUGUUCUGAGGUACUUUCUCCCCGAGUCUGUGACUAACAGCACAAUUUUAUAACUGGUUUACAGACCUUCGAAUUAGGACGGUACGUUUGUGUGACACAAGAUUUAGUGAAUAUUUCACCCCCUCGCUCCGACACUAAUGUCCUUUGACUUUGGGCCAGUGAAACAAACUUCACCACUGCACGAUUCUGUCGUGCUUCUCUAGCAAACAUGGCUGGAUCCUGCAGUUUUUACGGACCGUUUCUCACUCGCAGCUUUUCUUGGUAACCAACUACGCUCGUGCGCUGAGCACAGAGCAGCUCACUGGUGGUCAAUGUUGCUAGAAAACUAUCGAAAUUCCAUCUGGCCUUUUGAAACUAACUCUCAUGUUAAACCUAAAAAAUGAGCAACAAAAUCAACCACGACUUUAGAAACAAAUCUCUCCCUGAUCUCGCAGUAUAUCUUGUAAACAGUAUAUAAAACUACAAUCCAUUUUAUAGUGAAAUCUGAGUCUCAUUUUCACUUAUCUUAUUUCAAAACAAAAUUGUGUGAGGAGACACUUUGCUUCCUGAGUAUUUGCUGCGAGGCUGAUCCCAUGUUUGUUUCGAGCCCUUAACACACCACAGUAUUUAAAAGUUCAUAUUCAUUGUAAUAGUCAGUCGAUCGUCGAAGGUGGUGACAUGUUUUAUAUUACUGGGGAGGAUUUUAAAGAAGAGUAAAAGAUAUUUACAUUACAUUUGGUUCCACUGAAGUGUCCCAGCUUCUUCUGUUUACAUCCAUCUCUAGUGUUUCUCUACUGUGUCGUACGAAAUGUUGCGUUUUACACCCCAAGUUCCCCACGAGCCCCUGCCAGCGACGCGUAUCUGAACAGAUUUGCACUAGUUUUGUCCGGGGAAAGGGCGAGAGACUUAAGCAAUAGAGCUGAGAGGGGUUCAACUGUGCGUCAGGCCAAAUGUGUGUGUCCUGCGUUGUAAUACGCCGGCACCAUGAGUGAAACUGUGCCUUCACCAUUUCUCCAUGUCAGGUUGAACUACUGCACAUUCUCCUGCUGACCACGGUCGCACCCGAGUUUGUGCCGGAACCAAACGUGAUUUUGUUUUUCUGUCCAGUGAGCUAUGAAGCCUCUGACUAAUAUAGUGAUAUACAAACACCUCCUCGAGAGUUUAGCGAAAUGUCAAAGCUGCGUGGAAGUUCCUGAAUUUCCUGUCCCACUUCUCCACCUUGAAUACUGAAGAUACUAACCGAUCACUUUUGUCUUCCAGUGGUUUCUUUCCUGCUCAUAGUCUGAACGUGUGCUUGUAGAACGGUUGUUUCUCUUUUAUAAAUGAA